CCCUACAACUUAAACUGGAACAUUGCAGAGGACAGAGUGUGUGCUCUGGGUGUCUUGUUUAGCUUAGUUUCAGACAGUCCAGCAACAUGCAGCUCUCUGCUUUGUGUACACUGCUGCUCGCUGGUGUUCUGGCAACGAUUCAAGCUGCACCAACCGUCGCCCCAACUCCAUCGGCGUACGAGCUAGGCAUUGCAGAGGGGUAUCUGUCACAGUUUUAUGGAAAUGUGGGGAUCGGGAACACCUCAUGCCUCUUCAGGGGCAACUUUAGCGAAGAUCUGGAAGCCAUGCAGUCUUUCUUCGGACUGGAGGUAACGGGGGUCUUGAAUCAAGAAACGUUGGCGGUUAUGAAGGCGCCGAGAUGUGGCGUGUCGGACAUCGGCCGCUAUGGACACUUUGCUGGGGAACCCAAGUGGAAGAAGAGGCUUAUCACCUACAGGAUCACUCAGUACACUCCAGAUCUAAGCCAGAGACAAGUGGAUGAGACCAUCGCCCAAGCCUUCCAGCUCUACAGCGACGUCAUCCCACUGGACUUCAAGCAGAUCUCCAGCGACACUGCAGACAUCAUGAUUCUCUUCAAGGGGGGACAUCACGGGGACCUAUAUCCUUUUGACGGAGUCGGGAAAGUCGUAGCUCACGCCAACUCUCCGGGACGCAAGCUGGGAGGGGACACCCACUUUGACGAUGAUGAGCAAUGGACUCUGGACCAAACAGGUGUUAAUCUGCUGCUGGUGGCGGCCCACGAGUUGGGCCACGCUUUGGGUCUGGACCAUUCCAGGGACAGAAGUGCGCUGAUGUUCCCUACUUAUCAGUUUGUCAACACAAACGGCUACAAGCUGCCAGACGAUGACAUACGAGAAAUUCAAGCCCUCUAUGGUAGCCAUACAGCAGAUCCAACAAAAGCCCCAAUACCAAACUCGCCUGCUGAACCCGAACCAGAGGAACCAACAGAAGACCCAGCAAACGUUCUUCCAAACCCUCGUGACCAGCAAUGCAGCAAGGAUCUGGCGUUCGAUGCUUCCACGUCCAUCAGGGGAGACUUGUUCUUCUUUAAAAACGGAUACUACUGGAGGUGGAAUGCCGUGUCCAGGAUACGUUUUGGUAAAGUGAGCACAAAAUGGCCAGGGAUCGACCUAGUUGAUGCUGCGUAUGAGGCACCAAACGAGAAUGUGGUUCAUCUGUUUGAAGGUAAUCAGUACUGGGGCAUUAAGGCCAUUGAAAGGACUUUAAUACCAGGUUAUCCAAAGCCUCUCACCAGCCUGGGCUUGCCGUCCUCUGUCAGUAAGAUUGACGCAGCAGUCUACAUAACACCUACUGGGAAAACAUUGAUUUUUGCAAACACGCAAUAUUGGAGCAUUGAUGAAGCUACAGACCAAAUAGAUCCCGGAUAUCCAAAAUCCAUUGCUCAGGACUUUCCUGGCGUGGGCUCCAAAAUAGAUGCUGUUUUCGAGAAUUACGGGUACCUUUAUAUAUCGGUCGGCCCAAAACUAUUGGAAUUCUACAAGCCCCUCCAGAGAGUGACGCGGAUGCUGCUCAACUCCAACUGGCUUGAUUGCUACUAAGAAGGCUGCAGGGUUGGUGCUUCAUAAAGUGAUGUAUUUAAUACAUAAAAACUAAAUAAAUCAGUUGUAAAAAUGU